AUGUCACGCUCGAAUACAACUCCUGAUCUUGGUGUCAUGUCGCCCGCUUCGAUGUACAGUGGAUGUGUUAUCACAGCAGUGCCGGAUAAAGCAGGGCUCGUAAACAUCUCAUCAUCUUCAGAGUCGUUCCCUUCGGUGACCAAGAGUACAUCUUUCGGCCACUCGCCUACGGCCUCGACUAGAAGCGGAUCAAGCACGACGAUAGUGGAAAGUAAGAAGAAGCAAGGCUUGUUUGGUUGCAAGGCAAAGGACAAUGACCGCCCGAAAAGUUCGCAUAGGUCCCCCCUUCAACUAUCACCUCUGCCUCCGCUUACUCCAGUGAAAGCCGCGCAAUUCCUGGGCGUCGAAGGUGGCGCUGUUAGGACUCGAAGCGGGUCGCUGGGUAGUCGAGCUCAGUAUGAUGAAUUUGACGGUCUACUGGACUCUGCGAGCGAAAAGACCGAUUCCACAGAGGAGGAUGUUGUCUCAGGACCAACAAAACCGAAGUGCCUCUGGGCAGCUGGUAACAGGAAAGCACAGCGCAUGUUAGGCAUAGCCCCAUCGCGUGAAUAUAGCAUCAAGCAUGGAGCUGAGCCAGAGCGCGGUGCCACCGAGACGCCAGCGAUUCAUUCAAAGAAGGGAAAUCGGGUUGAUUACAACAGUGAGCCUGAUGUCCAUAGCCGCGCUCUUGCAAAGCCUCGAAAACGUCGUACGCGCAAGAAGGCCCCAAAAUCACUCGAUCGGAUGACGCCUAUCACGGAAAUGUCUUGUGACGAGUUGCGUUCUUCGUAUCACGACUCUGAACACAAUCCCGAGUUAGAACUCAUAUCAGAGUAUGAACGCGAUCCUUCAUACAGUGGUGGGCUACCACCACAGCCACCUACCCCAUUACCGUUCACGGCUAAUACCAGCUAUGAGUUGGAGGAAGGAGAUGUCUCGCCAGUGGAUGUCGGCUCAAGGAAACAUGCUGGUGCUGGAGCGAAAGAAUAUGCAAAACAUUCCGAUCGCGAAGUUGGCUUCAGCAAAUCUAAGCAAGAGUCGCCAGCUGUCGUUCACCUGCGUGGUCCUCUACAGUCUUUUGAGGACCGCCUUCUCGAUGUGACUGAAGCUAAUCUUGCGAUACAGAGGAUGAGGAAUGAUACCAAUGAUGCUGCGAGGUUCCACCUGGAAGCCAAAGGCUGUUGUUUGAGUGCUUCCCACAAAGCCAUGAAGAAGGAAUUUGUGGCGUUAAGGCCGGAUGCGCUGGUCGAGGAAUCUGACAACGACGUAGAGUCUGAAAGCGAUGACAGCAAAAAGUUGGUUUCUAUUCGUGGCAGCAUUGAUUUGGAAGAAGAGCCAAUCGUUGAUUUGGCCGAAUUGAUGCCUUGCACACAUAUCACCGCAAGUGCGAGGAAGCUUGUGGAUGUUCCACCCAAGAAGCCAAAGCCAACCACUCCGUCCAAAUGCGAGGUUAUACCGAACCUACUAAGCGGAGUAAAGUCGCCUUUGAAGUCGACUUACAUCUUCCAGCACGACGAGAAAGCCAGCCCGUUCAAGGAACUCAUUUGCAACCCUUACCCCACACGUAGCUAUCCUCCAGCUAAACCCCCAAGACAGAUCCGUAAAACAAAGAAGAGCAACAAUCUCUGCAACGAAUCCCGCAUCCUGGUCGAAAACUGGAUCUCUACAAACGAUCCCAUCAAACAACGCCCCUUGUCCGACCGCCUCGACAUCGACGUUUUGUCCGACCAGCAAAUCCCGCCUGCUCCCUUCCCCAAAGACAACAACAACAGUAUCUCCACUACUACCUCCACUCCUCCACCCCCUAGGAUAUCAUCAAAACAACACCUCUGCCUCCGCAACGGCCACAUUCUCCACCCCAUCAACCUCCGCUCCAUUCCCGACGAAGCCGCCAUCAACGUGCUCGACGUCCGACCUUACAUCCGCACGCACUCUGGACGCAAGAUCCACAUUCACAUCCUGGUAUUUUGUGAUCGCUGUGGUGAGGAUGUGCGCGAGGAGCUGUGGGAGUGCAAACUCAAGGUUUGUCGCUUGGUCGUGUGUAAGGGGUGUGCAGAGGAUUUGGAGGCCGAGUGGAAGAAGAGGGUUAUUGGGGAGUGGGAGAAUUGA